AUGUUCCCUCGUAAGCCGUGUUAUUUUGCGUUUAAUCACAGACCAGUAGCUGAUGAUGAACGGUCUCAGACUCCUUUAUCAGUUGUUCUUCCAGCUUUUUUUAUGAAGUAUUCUUCUUUGUGCCCGAUUUUAUUUCUUCACCGAAUAUUUGGCUACCGUGGCGUGAUAUUAUUUCCAUGGUUAGCACGUGUUUAUGAUCGUUCUGAAACAUUAAAACUUGACUUACCUACUCGUAUAUCAUCGCACGAAAUCAAAGCAAAUACUCUAACUUAUUAUCAGGUAUUAAUUGAUACACGGGAUAUACCAUACAUUCAUGCACAUACAGAAGCUGUUACAUUUCUUGGUAAUCAAGAUUCGAAUCGAUCGCUGUACACUAUACCUGGUUUAGACUAUGUUGCUCAUAAAGAUGUUUUACCUUACACGAGUACAGAGCGAACUCCCAUUAGCCAUGAAUUAUUUGAUAAAUUUUUAAUGCAUGAUCCCAAUUCUAGUUCACAAUUUGUACCACGUGAACAUUUAAAAUCUUGGCAAGAUCGACAUCAUUUAUGGUUAGAGUCAUCCGAUGUAUGUACAGAUGUUACACAAGGAAUAAGAGUAACAGUAAUACCAUUUUACAUAGGCUGUCGGUCAAAUCAAGCGACUAGUGUUUAUUGGUGGCGAUAUUCGAUUCGAAUUGAGAAUUUAACACCAGAAGAGCCGAUUAUAUUACGUGAAAGACAUUGGAGAAUAUUUAGUUUAAAUGGCACAUUGGAAACGGUUCGAGGCAAAGGUGUUAUUGGUCAUGAACCAUGUUUAUCUCAUGAACAUCCAGUCUUUCAAUAUAGUAGUCAUGUGUCAUUACAAGCUUCAUCAGGUCAUAUGUGGGGAACAUUUAAAAUGGAACGAAAUGAUGGAACUCAUUUUGAAGUUGCAUGGAUAUCAGGACGAUCUGUAAGAAAAUGGUGGAAAGCAUUACCAACUGAAAAACGCUCAGUAUUUUUUGAUCAUAUCCUACGACAGCGUCUAAAGUAUUUUGGAAUAUUUGGUGGUAUAGGAACAUUAGCGACAGUUCACUAUGUAACACAUUUACAGACAUCACCCAUCACUGGCAGACGACGAUAUUUGAUGAUGAAUAGUGAACAAUUAUAUGCAUUAGGAGACUUAGAAAAACAAAAGAUAAUGGCUAUGUUUGGAAAUAAAAUGUUAGCACAUGACAGCAAGCAAACUCAACUUGUGGCUAAAGUUGCUUACAGACUUAUUGCGGCGAAUUUAGAUAUUGAAGCUGUAAAAAACAUUAAAUGGUGUGUUCGUGUCGUGGAUACAGAUACAGAGAAAAAUGCUUUUGUUUUGCCGUCUGGUGAUAUUUAUGCAACAAAAGGCCUACUUGGAACAAUGACCAAUGAAGAUCAGUUAGCUGUAGUACUAGCUCAUGAAUUGUCACAUGCAGUUUUAUCACAUGCAGCUGAACAAAUAUCUUAUCAUCAAGUCAUCGAUCUUUUGGCUAUAUUUGGUGCUUUUAUUAUUUGGGCUAUCAUGCCGACAGACUGGACGUCGUUUUGGGUAAACUGGAUUUUUGAAGGUUUUAUGACUAUUACGUCUCGAUUGCCGUAUUCAAGAAAACUAGAGGAAGAAGCAGAUGAAGUUGGUUUAUUGAUGGCUGCUAAAGCUUGUUAUGAUGUACGUGAAGCAGUCAAUUUCUGGGAAACAAUGAGUAAAAGUGAAUUACAACUACCGGAAUUUGUCUCCACUCAUCCAGCAAGUGAUAAACGAGCAGAAACACUAUUAGAAAGAUUACCAUGGGCACUUAAUAUACGAAAUCAAUGCAAUUGUGCAAAACUGCCAGAUAGACCAUUAGGGAAAUUGUAUCUUGAAAACGCAAAAGUAAAUCAAACCAGACGACUUACGCUAAAACUGCUAAUUGAAGUUGAGGCUUUUAAUGAUGGCUUGUUAACAUGCCAUCCCAGAUCGACCAAAACGGAUAUCCAUUACGGACCGUCUGCUGGACGCAGGAAUACGGACCGUAACAUCAUUAAAAUAGGACCGUAUACGGCCGUAUUUUCACAGUAUAUGACCCCGUAUUACUGUGCCCAGAAACGGUACCGUUUACGGGCCGUAUAUUGUGAAAAUACGGCCGUAUACGGUCCUAUUUUAAUGAUGUUACGGUCCGUAUUCCUGCAGAAAAGUCCGGUUAUUCGAGAUAGAUUACGUGUGUUAAUAGUUGAUCGACAGAUACCUUACAUUUCUGGUGAACCACCUGAAUUCAAGAUUUUUAGUCGAUUAGGUAGUGGUCAAUUUGGUUCGGUUAGUUUAUGUGAAUAUAAAACAAAAUUAUACGCAUUAAAAAAUCCUAAUCAGUCUCAGAAUACAGCACAACGUGCAAACAUUCUCGACGAGGGCAUUAAACUAACGGAUUUUAAAGAACAACAUCCGAAUAUUCAACAUUUAAAUUAUGUCUAUAUAAAUAAAUGUGGUCUUCUAUUAGAUUAUUGUAAUAACGGUAGUCUCGAUAUAUUCGUCAAAGAGAAAGAAAAUAUUCAUCGAGAUGUUAAAAUGCAGAAUAUUCUGUUGAAAAAUAAUUGUCAAACACUUGUAUUAACAGAUUAUGGUACAGCAACACAGUUGGGAAAAUCUUGGAUGACAGAUAAUGUUGGAACACCGAUCACGAUGGCUCCUGAAGUGUUUGAGAAAAAUCAGUAUGGUGAAAAAUGUGAUACAUACUCAUGGGCAAUUGUACUAUGGCAAUUAAUAUCGAGACAAACUAUGCCAUAUGGUAAUCAAGGAAGAGGUUUUUUAUUUUCUGUUGUUAAAGAAAAAUUACGUCCACCAAAAGUACAACCUUGUCCAAAACUUUUUAGCGUUUUAAUUUAUCGUUGUUGGCAUUCAAAUCCGGAUGAACGUCCCUCGUUACUUCUAAUUAAAAAUAUUUUAAAAUUAAUUAUUGACAAAUUACCUGUCGAACCUGGAUUGAAUCCGAAUAAUAUUCAACAAUUAAAAAAAGAAUGGUUAGAAAAAUAUGAUCUACCUGAAAAAUAUUUGCCAGUAGACCCUAAGUUAUCAAAUAAACAAUCCAUUAACAUUUAUAAUGAACAUGUUAAUUUGAUGAAAGCGAUAAUAAAAAUACAACACGAUAUUGAACUAUUAAAGCAAAAAAAUGAACAAAAAGAGGAAUACUACAAAUUAAAAGAUCAAAACAAUGAUUUAAUUAAACAAAUUGAGACAUUCAGAACUUAA